GAUGUACUAUUGAGGUCUUUUUGAAACCUGGGCCAGUGGUCUCUGUACUGGGUCGGCCCACACAACCAUUUCUCAAAAACCCUAAAACUCUCCUUUGCCAUCACACUCUUCCGCAUCGUCUCCUGCUCCCUCCCUGUGCUCUCCACAACGUAAUCGGGUUUUGCUGCUACUCGCUUUCUAUCUCUAACAAAUUUACCGAUUAAAGAAUGAGUAGGUCAGGGCAGCCACCGGAUCUUAAAAAAUACAUGGACAAGAAGCUUCAGAUCAAGUUGAAUGCCAAUCGCAUGGUUGUUGGGACUCUUCGGGGGUUCGAUCAGUUCAUGAAUCUAGUUGUUGACAACACUGUGGAAGUAAAUGGAAAUGAGAACAAUGAUAUAGGCAUGGUGGUUAUUAGGGGAAAUAGUGUGGUCACUGUUGAAGCUCUUGAACCUGUUGCCAGAGCACAGUGAGGUGUGUUUUUGUAGUUGGUACUAGUAACUAUAUGAAUUCUUGGCUGGUAUUAGUUUGGACAUAUAACUGUUGUUAUGGGAAGAAAAAUGUUAUGUAAUUUUGGAUUUGAUGUUAAUUAGUUAGGUUCGUUAUACAACUACUCCUUUCCCAUUUCCAGCAUUUAUCCUAGUAUUGUACUUUGAAUCAGAUGAACUAGCUGUGAAUUCUUACUUGGCUUGUCUCCAAUCACAAUCUCUAAAUGUAAUUGAUGUUUUCUUAAA